AUUUGAAAAGGCUAAUAGCUAAUAGCUUAAAAGUUUUUUUAUAUUGCUAGGCACCUGUGAGUUGAUUCCGGGAAAUAAUAUCUUCAGGUUUUUCAUCCACACUUUGGAUUUUAGAUUUCACACAUAUAUGUGGAUGACUUUUUUGUAACUUGUAGCAUCUUUUUGUUUAGCCUUCUUGAACGAAGUAGCAUAGCAAGUUAGCUUGCCUAAAGUAAAGCUAGCUUCCUUUGUGCUGGAAACACAAUGAGUUAUAUGAAGAACAUAAAGGAAAUGUUGAACAUACCAACUGGACCCAGAAAUGUGGCAGACAGUGAAAACUCAGGUUUGACAGAUUCCCAGGUGUUCUUUGGCUCCCAGUUUUGGCAUGAGCAGUCCCAGGGGAUGUCUCAGGACACGAGCCUGUCAUCCAAAAACUCCCAGCAAAGUUCACAGGAUGGAUGUGACCCAGCAGAUAUUCUAAGCAGAUAUACCUCUAAGCCUCUUCUUUUGGGGGAUUUGAAGGACAAAAUGAUAACCUCAGGUUUACUCUACAAGUAUGAAGAGGACAUGAAAAAGGCAAAAGAAAAAAAUGACAGUGAGCAAUUUGCUAAAGAAUCCCAACAUGUACGGGAAACGCUCAUUAACAUUCAACAACUGCUGUCUGGUGUUGAGAAAAACACCACUGUGUGCCAAACAAUCUUUGAAAAAUGUGACAGUUUUGCAUCAUUACUGAAGAACAGUUUUGAGAGCCUUCAGACGAACAGUUCGCAGAUGUUUGAGAUUGUGGUUGACAAAUUAAGCUCUCAAAUGGGAGUAAUGAAAGAGCUGGAGGACAAACUGCAGAAGAAUGGGGAAGCCACAGCACAACUUGAAGCACAACUGAAAAGCUUAAAGAAUAGUUUGGAGAGUCUCGGAGAGCUGCUCAACACUCUUGUCUCAAAAUCAUCUGCUAAACCCAGUGUGGCCAUAGAUAGUGCCGCUCAAACAUCCCCAGUGCUGGAGCCAUCCAUGCAUGAUAAUCUGCUGAACAGUCAAACCAAGGUUACAGAGGCUCCAAAAGCACCUAAUAACCUUAACUGUCAAGCUGAAACGUCCUCUAAGGAUUACAGCAUUGGUUGGAAAAGACUCAGUCGGAGGAGUCAGAAGCGCAAAAAGAGACCACUAGUGCUCUCCAGGAGAGGUAAUCAGUCAGUCCCAGAUGAAAACACUCAACCUGUGAAUCAGGGUAAAAAGCAACAGAAAAUAUCAGGAUCCCUUCUCCAGCCCCGCAAUCAGAACAUCCAGGCCAUCGAACAGAACCUCAGCUCAGGUAGUUCAACGUCCGUGAAGAGGGGAAGUACAUCCAACACGGGCGCAGGAUAUUUCGUCAACAUGCUGAGCAGCUGGUCCCAGGACAGCAACAUCUCUGAGUGGAGUGCUGCCACCGAAUCCAUCCUGCAGCGAUUGUCUGGCUAUUCAAAGAUGGGGAGCCCGGUAGAACAAGGAGAAAUCUGGCAGUUGUUUGAACCUGAUGUUGAAUUUUAGAAAAAAAAAAAAA